UGCGAUGUUCUGGUCUCUGGUGUGGUGAAUUGCAAAGUAUCACCUCAGGACUCUCGUUUGAUUCACAUAUCGAAAGAAAACACGAAAUGAGUUUUACAGGUAUUGCUGCCGGGCAAGGCCAACUGUCUUGUAUAUUGGGUAUCCAGACUCCAGAAGAGUUGACUAGAACACGUGGGCAACAAUUCCGUGUAGCAGCAUCAAAAAUGGAAAAAGAAUCAAAAUCAUCGCUUUGCACAGCGCCUGGAAUUCAUGAUUGUAAAAAUAUGGGCUCAUCCAUAAAAUGUGACAAAGCGUCUUGUCCAGUAAUUCCGAAAACAGGAGAAUAUACUUGGUGCCACCCAUGGUUUGGAUGUUCGAACUACACAAUCGAGGUUUAUCAGGGCCUAUUCAAACAAUACGUACCAUCGAACAAGUGCAAAUAUGAAAACGAAUUAUGCCAAGGAGGAUUCUUUUGUAGCAAGAUUUGUAAUACCAAAACAAAACAGGUACUAACAAAACUCUGGAUGGUUGUUUUAGAGAAACCAAUAAAACUUGCACAGUUGGAUGUCGAAGUUAAGGUCAAGGAAUGCGAAUGUGUUGGUCUCGAAUGGAACCCACUAAUGGAUGUAUAACCUGAUGAUGGCAAAAUUUCGGAAAAAUAUCAUUUCAUUUAUUUUAUUUGUGAGCUCAUUAAAACUUAACCAGCAUUAA